AUGGCUCUCAUAACGUUCCUCGUCUUCGCGGCCAUUGUGGUUGCUGUUGGCCUAUACAAGCACCUCACUUCAAAACCGAAAAUACCAAAGGGUCUGAAGCCGUUGCCAGGUCCGAAAGGCUACCCAAUCAUUGGUUCUGUCCCUGAUGUACCUGAGAAGAAUGGCUUCAUCAAGUUUGCCGAGUGGGGGAAGGAGUACGGUCCUAUCUACAAUUGCAACCUCGCCGGCUCGAAUCACGUCUGGAUAUCCUCCGACAAGAUAGCAAAGGAUCUCCUUGCGAAGAGGGCCGCGAUUUACUCGGCCCGACCUCACAUUCCGGCGCUCCUCGACGACAACCGAACGAGCGCUCAGUACCUCCCACUGCUUAGCAACAAUGAUGGCUGGUCACGUCAGAGGAAGUUUGCAAAUGCCAUCAUGCGAGAAGCGGAGAAGGCCAACUGGCACCACUACCCGGAGCUCGAGGCGAAGCGUCUGCUCGUUGAGCUGCUAGAUGACCCAUCCCAGUAUAACCACCAUCUCGAGUCGUUCAUUGCCAGAAUCACCUGCCGGCUGGCAUGGGGCCACAGCGAACCCAGCAACGAGCUCAAGCAACGUGCGCGCGAACUGCUCAUUGGUGUCUCACCCACCGGCGCUCUCGGCAACAAGCUACCCUUCCUCAUGGCAAUGCCGGAUUGGAUGUCACCCGUGAAGGCUUGGGAGAGGCGACGAGCCGCAACCGAACGGCGAUUCUUCCAGAUGAUGGAAGAGCAGGUCGAGACUGAAAUCAAGGAAAAGCGGGCGCCACCGUCGUGGAUGCGCAUGGCUAUCGAGGGCGGCAAGGAGCAAUGGAACUUCCAGUACAAGGAUGAGGGCGCUUACUGUGUCGGCAUGCACGGAAUCGCCGGUGCACUCACAAUCGCUGCGCCCAUGCAGACCUUCUGCCUGGCCAUGUGCUACUACCCGCAGUAUCAGCAUCUUGUCCAGGAGGAAAUCGACCGCGUUUGCGGUGAUCGGAUGCCGCAACCUUCCGACCGGCCGAACAUGCCUGUGCUGCGUGCGUUCAUUAGAGAAGCUCUCCGCUGGAGGCCUCCGGUCCCGACUGGCAUCCCGCACUACCUGAUCCAAGACGACGAAUACGAAGGCUACCACAUCCCCGCCGGCACAACCAUGCACCCGCUAGAAUGGGCAAUCUCACGUGACCCCGAGCUCUACCCCGACCCGGAAGAGUUCAACCCGCUCAGAUGGCUCAAGCCCGAAUACCCGACCUACAAGGAGCCGCUGACCGAGUUCCCGACCAUGUUCACGGGCAGCACGCAGGCAGGCUACGGACGCCGGCUGUGCAUGGGCUCCCAGGUCGCGGACGAGGACAUGUUCAUCGGCAUCGGCUCGCUGGCCUGGCUGUUCCAUAUCUCGAAGGAGGACGCGAAGCGGAACAUCAUGAUGAACGAGAAGGCGAGUAUUUCGGAGGAGGAGCUGAACACUGGGUUGGACGAGGACAGCGACGCGAGUUCGGAGAAGAGCCAGGAGGUCAAGUUCGAUCCGACGGAGGUGAAGGCGAAGAAGGAGUCGAAGAAGGAGGUUAAGAAGGAUGAGAUGGAUCCGACGCUUGAUUACUCGAUUCUGUUGAUCGCGAAACCGCUGCCGUUCAAGUUCGAUCUCAAGGUUAGGAAGCCGGAGAGAGUGGAGAUUGUGCGUAGGCAGUUUGAGGACGGGAUGGAGAAGGGGUUGUAUGAGUCGCCGAAGAAUUACUGGGGGGAUAACAAGGGCAAGCUUGGGUGGGGGAAGGUGUAG